UACAUGCAUCAAGAGGAAGAAGCCAUUCUACAUGGGGAAGAAGAAGAAGACGAACUAUUCUAUCAAUUCGAUUACUAGCUGGACUGCCACGCAUCGUCGAGCUAUACCCAGUAAAUUGGACUACUGAGCUCCUCGACAUGAUACAUAUGGGACCAUCAACUACAAGGCGCCUAGUCGGGCCUUCCCCGUCUGCCGUGCUGGGUACUCCUGCCCAUCCACCUAUGUCUCCAAGGAAACGAUCCGUCGGACGCAUAGCUCUUCCAAUCGUCGGCAUUCUCUUGGUCUGUGUCAUCGUCCUCGCCGUCUACAGAACUAUUUCUCCACUCGUUGGAAGCAUGAAAGUGGAGACUAACGCUUGCACCAGCUCUUCUUGCACGUACUUCGCCACCAUCUACCGCGAAGCCCUAAACUCUUCUGUCGACCCGUGCCAAAACUUUUAUCAGUUCGUCUGCAGCCGCUGGACCACUUCCCACAGAGACCCAUUCAUGCGGAGUAUAAGGGACACCUUCUUCGGUGCGCUGGACCGUCAGCUGAGCAACAUUUUCACCCCUAGAGAAGGCCAGACAGCAGUGCAGAAGGCAGCACGAUUCUUCCAGUCUUGCAGGGCCAUAUCACGAGGCUUCGAUGGCCUCCAGGAGCUAAAGAAAGUGCUGAGACGCAUUGGAAUUCUGUGGCCGCACUAUUCGCAAGAUCCAGAUACACUGAGCGCAAUGUUCGUUCUCAGCAUGGACUGGGAAUGGCCGACGCUGCUUGACUUUAGAAAGAACCGCAGAGAGGAAAACCUCUGGUACGAAAUCAGCUGUGCUGCGUCAUUCGGAGCCUUGGUAAACCACAGAGUGGGCGCCUUGAAAAAAGGGAGCUACGUUUCCUACUUCGAAAUGCUGCGCGAAAGGUUUAACCAGAAUCUGAAUCAGACAAUCACCUACGAAGAAAUGAGCGUCCUCGAGGAGAAAGUUCUCAAGUCUCUAUAUACGGCUUAUAUUGUCGACGCUGCAGACGAGAUUGUAUGGACGACUUUAGACAAUCUGACAACACUGGCCGCGUCCAACAAAAAGUGGCAACAAGCGCUCCAGCUUGAUGCCAACACUUCCAGCAGAGGAGACAUCAAGAUCGCCAUUCGAAACUACGCGUAUUUUGAAGAUGUGUUCAACCUGAUCGAACAAGUCGGUGAGAAGGACAUGCAUCUCUUUCUAGGUUGGAACUUGGUACAGCAUGUCGUAUUUUACGCCAGUAACGACUUGAUUGACAACUACUUAAAGGAUACCGGAGUAAAUGCUGAGGAAACGAAACGACGUUUCUGCGUCUGCAUGACGCAGAAGUACAUGGGAGUUGCCAUUUACCACAUGUAUUUUCAAGAGCUAGUCAAGGCACAUGUCGUGCAAGACAUCACGCACAUAAUCAAGAACGUGCAUUUAUAUUUCAUUCAUCGCAUUUCUCAAGCUCACUGGCUCAAAGCUAACAGCACGCUGAUUAAUGGGUUGGGUGCAACAGAAAAGCCUCUGCGUUACCUUAAUAACGCUUUCAACUCACGCCUUGACGACGCGUACUACAGGUAUGAGGACAUGAGCAAAAACUUUCUUCAGAACUAUCAAAAAGCCAUACAGGGGCUUCGAAACUCCGAUGAAAAUUACAUCACUGCGAUGAAGUGUGAUACGAUUGAAAGAGGACGCACUUACGAAAUGUUUGACGUACGCAAAGAUUUCAUGCUUGCACCGUACUCUCUGACGGUGCCGUUUUACGACUUCGAAACACCAUCUGGCAUCAAGUUUGGAGGAUUGGGCAUGCAGAUUGCCAAGGCACUGGCCCACCUUCUCUGGGUGACUAACUGGCAGAAAGACAGCAACACUUCAAUCACGUUCACUGUCGAGACAGACUGCUUCCUGAGCACCAUGCAAGACCAUGUAAUCGGCUCGGAAGGACUGUACAGGUGGAUGCCGCUGAAUGCGCUCUGGGAAGCGUUCAGAUCUGCCUCUGGUGUCGCGGACGCGAACCUCGCGCAUCUUCCUCAGUACAGUGAGUCCAUGCUGUUUUUCAUCAGCUCGUGUUACCCAGAAUGUGGGGGGAACAAAUCCGAAGAUAUAUGCAACGCUCCACUCCGACACUCGCGACGAUUUGCGGAGACCUUCAGCUGUCCAGUAGGCAGUCCAAUGAACCCUAAAGCCAAGUGCUCUAUCUUUUGAUGCCAUAAAAGCGUUUGAGACACUUU